AAUAAGAUUCAUAAAUUUGUUUCGUUUUUAUAAUGCUGUUUGUUAGGGUUUUAUAUUGAUCGAUUGAUAAUCAAACGACUUAGUGAAAUAAUUUAUUAAGUUUUAUUAUCUACAAUUUAUUGCUUGCUUUGUCAUUAAUUUCGAUAAUCUGAACUUUGAUGACGAAUAAGUAUGAUUUGGUUGAUUUUGUGCUAAUUGUUAGGGUAAAAUGACAGUUCAUGAUGUUAUUGUGAAAUUGUGAACUGCUGAUUGUGUAAUUUAACGCGGUUUCCAUAUUGUCAAUGGGGCGUAAUUGUGAAAUUGGAAUCAAGAUUGCGAUAUCACUGGUUGAUUGUAUUCGUUUACAGCAAUGUAAGUGCACUAUUGUGGUUUUACUGGAACCACCCGUUGACACUGAUAUUGGUAGUAACUAGUAACCCUAGUACACAUGAGGCACUAGUACAUUCAGUUGAAUUACUAUUAUGAAAAUUGAAAAUCACAAUUCUCAGAUGGCAUAGACAGGAAUGCCACAAGAAAAAGCUGACGGAAAGAUGCUUCAUGGUGUUAGAACUAAUGGCUAAUAAUUAGGGUUCAGGUUGUCCUCAAGCAAGUAACACUUAGCACAUGGAAUAGCAAGAUUUGUUGUAGAUAGAUAGAGAUCACAUGAACUUUUAGGCCUCAUUAAGAGACUCUGUAUCCAGAUCCUCCAUAGAUUAACCAACGGGAUCGAAAUCUACAUAUUCGAAAGAGCCUUUGCCACAUAGUGCUAGAAUGUAGUUUAGGUCGCUAUCAUAGUGAUGCAAUAACAGUAGUGGUUUGAUUGUUAUACCUCCAAGUAUUGGUAUAGACCAUAAGAUAUAUAUACCUUUAAAUCUAAACUGCAUUUUUUUACACCUCUACGAUGCAAUUAUUAUUGGUUCAUAAAUUUUGAAAACCUUAAAACUUGGUUGAUACCAUUUGAUGCGGCCUUGUUUUUGCACUAUGCUUUGCAGUUUGUUUUUAGCAUCAGUGAAAGAGGUUGACUUGUAGUGGUCUCCAAUGAACAACGUGUUCAUAACCACGUCAAAAUGAAAAUGAUGCUUGAAACGGGUAGUUUAUAUUGCAAAAACAAGGCUGCAUAGCAUUGCAUGGUCCGCUAAGGGAAUGUGGGUGAGUUUGCGAUUUCUUAUUGAUGGAGCCAGUUUUAGCAUUUUAGUGAUAGCUAUGUACUGAUAGGAGAGGAUAGUAAAGCUUGAAUGUGGAGGAGUCAAACUAAAUAGGCAAUGUUGGUUUUGGAGACUAAAAUGAGCACAAUUUAAUAGUUCCAAGUACCGUGCAUUCUUGGAGAAUUGGAAUGAUACUCUUAGAGUCUUAGCUUUUAGUGUACAAAAUUCUCUUUUUGGAUUUUGAACUGAAGUGGGAGCUUUGUUAUAUAUUUCUUCUUAGAAUAGUUAAUUUCAUUUGAAUAAAUUAAGAUUUGAAGGUUACGGGCCAGUGGACAGAGCAUCAGAGGUAGUAGGGGAGAAUUCAGGCAUUCUUUUCUUAAGCAUAAAAAUAAAUAUAUAAAAUGUUGGGUUUUGCUAACGCUCCAUAAUGACAGACUGGGUUGAAAGCUCAUUAAUUCUCAGGCUUUUGGGUUAAAGCAUAUCUGUUAUGAUUAGUAAUUCUUCAUGUCUGUAACAGUACGACUUGUUUCAUUCCUGUUUAUUUCUUCAGCUGAAGUGGAAAUAUAACGGUCUUGGAAACAGAGAUUUAUGGACUGAAAGAUGAAACAAGUUUAGCUUCAUGCCUAUGAAGAUCUAUUUCCUCUUCUGUGCCAAGUCAUUUGUUAGCGACUCCCCCUGGGUAUAUCAUGUCUCAUUUCUGCUUUCAUCCCCAGCAGUUUUCAAUAUGGGGCGGGGAUGAAACUUAUUGCAAGAGUCUAUUGUACAUAUCUGUUUCAAUGAUAGCAUUUCAGAGUUAAAUCCUUUUCUUGUUCCCAUUUUCUGUCAUUUUAUAUACUUUAUUAGAAGCUAAGUAGGUACUUGGUAGCGAUUAGAACGAGAAGUAAAUUAUGAGGCUUCAAAAAUCACGUAUCAUAACAUUUUUGGGUGGAAACCCCAACUGCAUAGAUCAAUAUUCAUAGCUGUGAACAUCAUUGCAGAAACAUUGCGGGAAUCAAUCAGAAGAACUGGCUUCAUGAUGACAAAAUAGAUUUGAGAUGUUUGAUUAGAUCCCUAAUAUAAAUACAUUUUGAGUUUCCUGCUGUAGAAAACUCUUUGGCUAUGGACGAAGCAUAGAAGAUUAAUAUAAUAGAAGAUGUAUGAUUUAUUCUUGGUAGCUAUAUAUUGUGCUAAUAUUUAGUAUAAAUGUAAACUACAUGUCUUUUAACCUUCUGUGUUGUUGAGUUAAAUUUGGUUUAUCUAGUGACUGUGAAUUUGUUGAAGUCUUAAAGGUUGUUUUAUUUGCUUUUGUGCCCAUGGAUAUCAUGGAUUUUAAGCAUUGAAACUUCUGGACUUGGAUUUUUGUGGAAGUACAUUAUUAUUUAUUGCAUUUGAAGGCAUUUCAUGUUAGUGGCGACUGGCGACGCAAAUGUUGUUCAUUGUUUUUUCUCUGUUAAAUGAAAGUAUGAAUCACAAUCGAGCUCAUAAGCAGUAUAGGCCUAUAUGCUCUUUUGUGUAAUUUUAAUGAAUCAAAAUCUUAUUUAUCAAACAUCUAUAUCACACUUUAUGUAAUAUCUUACACUGGGACAAUGCCCGAAUAAAAUGACAGCCUGGUAAGCAAGAUUUAUCCUGGAUGAUAACCUAUAUAAGCCUACUAUAUAAGGUUCUUUAACUUGAGCCUUAAUAUAUAUACUCUCUAGCUAUCUAACCAAUAGUGUGAAUGGGUCAGAAUAAACAAUAAUCUGACCAACUGAAAAAAGGAAAAUUGGAUUGCCAUGAGUAGCUAUGAUGUCAUCACUCAUCAACAUAUAUCAACAUCAGUCUGAACCUUGUUCUUCCAUGGCUUCCCUAUUUGUAAACAACCAAGUGGAGGAGCAAUGGGAGCCAUAAGUUCUCCAAAUGAUUGCCAACAAUAGGGAUCAUAUAAGUGGUAUCGUUCUUGCAGUGGCUUUAGUUGUAUGGUAUUCAGUGUUAUGUCUAUGCAUGGUAGCUCAUCACUGCAAGCUAAAUGUACAGGUUUUACAGUGUAUGUGCCUUUUAUAUUUUUGUUAUGUGACACCUGAUACUGCAACUGCGGCUGAUGCAUUCUUACACGUGCUUUUGUCACAAUAAUAUUGGUCUAUUACAAUCGGAAGCUGAACUUCACUGACUUGAAUAUUUGAAAAUGUUACGCCUUGCACAGAUCCUCAACCAUCCUGCAGAAUGAAAUAGUUGGAAGCAAUGUAAAUUAAGAGUAGGUCUUGUAUGAACUUAGUCCACACAAAAAUGGUGUGCACCAAAUUAAAUUUAAGUCUGAGUUAGGGAGUGUGAAGUGGAGUAGACAAUGAAGAGUAUGAGCUUGUGAAUGGAAUAUUCAGGAAUGGUCACACAAAUCCUUUGAGGUUCCAUCCUAAAACUAAUUGGUAUUAGGUUUAGCCUAUCUUUAAUUUUUAUAGGUGGGAUCACAUGUGGGCUAUGUGUUUUUUCUUUCAACUUGUGAUAUUGCAUUUUUAAACCCAGUAUCAUUGUGAUAUUUUUGCUUAUUUAAAGAGUUAAUUUUCCUCCUAUGCUGAGAAUUCUCAUUUUUCAUUUUUCCAUUUUUAAUCACUCAGCUGUUUCUCUGAAGUUCCCUUUUAUUAGGGACUGCUAUAUACUCGGAUUACUUCCUUUGUUGUGGAGUCAACUAGUGAAUCCAUUAAUUAUAGUGUUAUGAGGAUUUUUUUAACUGUGAUGUAUACCUGCCAUGUCUUUAUGCGGACUCCAGUCAUCGUGCCAUGCAUGUUGACUUCUCUGACAGUGACAUUUGAGACACAGGCUUUACUGUUAUACCUUCCCAGACUUCCAAUACUGAUGCCAUGUCCUGGUCCACAGUUUACAUUGUGGAUGUAUACAUUCGAGCAUCCUGUUUGUAUCGAUAUGCAGUCAUCACCUGCAUUUAGUAGUUUGUUGUUAGAUACUGCCACUGUGCCAUGUGAAGCAUUUUUAUAUAAUUCUGUAUUUAUGUAACUGGAAUUUCUUGUUUGUGUUAAGAAUUUAUCUAAGGCUUUCAUUCCAGCUAUUUUCUCAGAGAGAAAAAUAAUUUAAUUGUACAGAUUACAGACUUUUGGUUGUGGAGGAGGAGCACUACAAGGUUCUGGUAGAUUGCAUCUUGUUGUGGUUUCAUGUUGUGGUCCUGUAUUGAUUAUUCAACAGCAUUCUGAUGUUUUUAGUUAUUAUGUUAAGAGUAAUGUUUUUAACAACUAAGAUGUUUUUGAAUCAUAGAGUAUGAUUAAGAAAGCGGAAAACAAGGUGAAAAUCGAAAUUUACCUUAGAAAAUGUACUUGCUCCAAUGAAACAUGACUCGAAUCUCUGUUUGCUCGACUACUUGGCAAUUAGCACAACCCUAGCCUUAACAAACCACAACAUAUUUGAACAUAAUUAUUUUAAUCUUUGCGCACGAAAACCCUAAUUUGGUAAGCUUCUGCCAUUGCGAUAAUGGAGGUGUCGAAUCUCUGCAAACAGGUUAUUGCUAAAUAAUUGUUUCGAUUUAUGAUGAAACUGAUUAUAAUUCAGUUUAUUUUCUUCAAAAUUAUUCUGAAGUUUUUGUUUGCUAUUCAUAAUUUUCAGUUGAUUUCACUUGCAAUUCAACGGUGUCGUUUAUCAGGAGAUCCAUGUCGACUUUCUGUCAUCAUUCGACAAAUCCUAUUUUCCAGCUUUCGUACUCAAAUUUCAAUUUCUGAUACUGGUGUUGGAAGUUGCUUGAAAGAAUUCCAGGACUUGAAACUUUGCUUCAAUGGAUCUGCUGUGUGGGAUGGUGCGCUUGCUAUCAAAACCACCAGCCUUGGUGAUCCUGAUCUUUUCCAGUACAACUUAAACCUAAAAGAAAGCGUUCCUAACAAAAGGUUAACUAAGCUCCCUUCAAUGCCAAAGAAAAAGGCCAUUUUCAGUGGAACUGAAGUUUCUAUGUCCACUGCUGAGGACAUGGGAGUAUUAUUGCAAGAUAUGACUACCUUUCUCAGAAAGAUUCAUAUAUUGAAGAUACAUAACAUUGCAAUGGAGCUGGUUGCUGUAUGCAGUGAUCAACAACGACUCCAACAUGAAAAUGUUGUUCUUGUCACCGAGUUGACAUUACCUUCCCCAGAUUCUUCAAUUUUACAACAGCUAACAUCAGGGCUAGAGGAUUACGUUUGUAAUCAUAGAAAUGGUUUGAUUAAAAAGUGCCUGUCCUGCUUUUCGAGCGGAGAGAACCCAAAGAUAGGGAAUGGACAAGCAUGCAAAAAGAAGCACGGAAAUGAUGUAUUGGCUGUUGAAGUAGUAAUUGUUGUCAGCCACAGUGAGUUAUCGGAUCCAUCAAAUCUGUCAUGUUUGAAGGCCUUUGAGCCCAAAACAGAGGUUUUAUAUUUUAAAGAUUUCUCACCUUGUUCGGUCCCCCAGUCAGCUCUCAAAGCAAUCAAAAGCGUCAAGUGGAAUAACUAUGGGCUAACUCUAAAAAAUAUUGAUGAUGAAGGGAGCUCUCCUUCACUUGAAUGGGAGAACUUGCCCCUAAACACUCAUAUCGACAUCGCCCUUCAUUCUUAUAAUAAGCAGGUGACAAUGCCGCCAUUAAGGCAAAGAAAUCAACUCGAGACAAAGCUUGCAAAGGAUGCUAUCAGUCUUGCACUAAAUGAUUUGAAGGAAAUGUAUACGGGAGCUCUUCUCAGUGAUCAUGCUCUCAAGAUCCAUUCUUAUGCCCCUGAUCUUGCAAGAAGCAUUGCUGGUUUAAUACUGUCUUCAGAUGAUCAAAACUUCCAAGGCGAAUGCUUCAGUCUCCUUGGCAUGCCAAUGGCAAAUAUAGAAGGACACUCUUUAGAGAAGUGCAUACAAGACAAGAUUAUAUCUGCAAUAGACAUGAAUGACAGGAAGCCUCCGAGCUCAAGAUGCAGACCGGCUGCACCUUUUCUAUUCGGAGAUGAUCAUGUCCAAGAAUCAGAAUACAUGUGCGACGAAUAUGACGAAGGUGAGGAAGAUGAUUGCGUGUUGAUGGAUUACUAAUUAGCAGCUACAUUAUCACCAUCAAAAUUAUAUCUGUUUUGGUUAUUAUAUGGUACACCUACUACAAAAUCAGCUACAAUGCUUUGGAAUAGGCUUUUUGUUUGGAUUAGAGAAAUGAAGUUGUAUAUUCCCCUUGUUUAUACACACAAAGAGAAGCUUUGAAAACAUGCACCAGCCAUCUGAAUGAAAUCUUUUUUUUUAC